AUGUUCGUUUCUGUGUUAUUGGGUUGGCAGAUUUCAGUCAUUGACAUCACCAUCUUCAUCGCCAGACGCUGCAGCAGCACCAGCAGUAAUGCCACCUCUGCCAGCACCGCCGCCACUGCCAGCGCCAGUUGUGGUAGGAGUAUUGCCCUCGAGUCGAUUCAGGAACAGCAGAGCGGGGAAGAAACGGAAGGGGAAGGAGAGGGUGAGGGGAAAGGAGCGGGAGAAGGGGAAGGAGCAGGUGAAGGGAGAAAAGGGAGUGAGGGGAGAGGAGGGGGUGAAAGGGGAAAAACCGAACAGGGAGGUGGAGGAAGGGGCAACGGAGGAGGAAUGAGCGAGAAAAGGGGAGGGAUUAGCGGGGUUGGGCGGCUGGAGUGGUUGAAAGAGGCUCGAGUGGCUGACGUGAUGGGGAAGACGGAAGAGACUCGCACCAUGCUCGUGCUGGACCCCCAUGCUACGGUACUCCAAGCAAUGGAGCUGCUGGGAUCUCGCGGCUUCCACCGAGCCCUCGUUCCCAACAUGUGCCCGUGCGACCACGACCAAACCACCUCCAUGCCCAUGCCUGCACUGCUGCAGUCGCGCCUGGGAGGAGGAGAGGGGGGAACAGCAGGGGAGGAGUACCGUGUUCUGUCUCAGAUGGACAUUGCUGCGUUCAUGCUCAAACACGAAGGGCUGCUGGGCUUGGCACUGGCUAAGAGCAUCGAUGACAUUGGGCUGGUCUGGCCGUCUGUGGUCUCCGUGACUCCUUCCACUCCUCUUUUAGACGCCUUCAACAUGUUCCGAAUCAGAGGGAUAAGCGCAGUAGCAGUGGUGCAGCCUAAGCCAGCUCCGCCAGCAGUCGUGGUGGAAGAGGGGGGUGGGGACUCAAAGGACGAGGAGGGGGGGACUGAGAAGACGAAGGAAGCUUCUGUUGUGCUUCCCCAGUGGCCCAUGGGGGGAUGUGGCAGUGUGCUGACAGGCACUCUGUCAGCAUCGGACGUCAAGCAGGUGGAUGUUGGCGCAUCACAUAAGGGUGGUCUGACCACCGCCCUUUUAACCGCUCAACCCAUCCACACCCCUCUGCACUUCCCCUCUUCCCUGUCCCCCUUUGUCCAGCGCCUCUUCUCUGCGUCAUGUGCUUUCCCUGCUAGUCAACCACCGAGUAUGGGUGGUCAAACCCCAUCCGUCCUGCCUCAUACCCUCUCUCGCUCUGGCUCACCUGCUCCCCUCUCCCUUUUCCCCUCUCCCUUUUCCCCUCUCCCUUUUCCCCUCUCCCUUUUCCCCUCUCCCUUUUCCCCUCUCCACACCCCGACACAGUGCCUCUUCUCUGCGCCAUGUGCUCUCCCUGCUAGUCUCCCACCAUGUGCAUCGAGCGUUGUGACUAUAACAGACGUGCUCCGAACCAUGCGAGUGCUCCCGAUCCUGCACCCAUGGUCCGAGGACAGCGACCCCGUGCUUAUAAAGAGGGGAGGCGGAAAAGGAGAAUCCGGCAACAGCAGCAGUGGCACUACACGUGGCCGUGCUGGUGACAGCAGCAACAGCCGUGGUAACCGUAACAGCAGCAGUGGCGACGUGGGGUUACCAGGUGCUGACAGCAGGUUUGGGCGCAGUGCGAGCUGUAAGGUGACUGGUGCUAGGCGCUGGAAUCCAAACAUCUCCCUCUCUAUUGAUGUGAACACGUGGCUUGGGACCAGCUCUGGUGGACGGGCAAGAGGAGGAACAGCAGCAGCAGCAGGAGGAGGAAGUGGUGGUAGUGAUGGUGGUGCUGGCGGCGGCGGCGGCGGCGGUGGUGGUAGUGUUGGUGGUGGGGGGGAAGGGGAGGUUGUGGGCGCAGAAGGUGAAGGAGGGGAGGAGGAGGAGGGUGACGAUUGGUCGGUGACAUCGAUGACAAGUGAUGAUGAUGCUGAUGUGGCAGGACCUGCUACCGUAACGGGGACUUCAGGGUCGAGUUUUGACUCGUAUUAUUGGCUGGACUGGUGGGCUGAGAAGCCGGCCUUAGCAUGA